AUGGCCGCAAUAGUACCAACUAAUAUGCCAGUUACAAAUACUCUAUUACCGAAUGGAACAACGGUAUUCUCAACACCAUGUCCAACUUUUUUCGCACCCUUCUAUUACGAUUCGCCCAUGGGAUGGAAUGCUGUGCUCGUUGGAUUAUUAUCGUCUAUUCUCGCAAUAAUCUUUCUUUUAACAUGCCUUUAUUAUCUACUUUGCCGUCGUCGUUACUAUAGCGAAUUACCGGACAGUCCAACACCGGUUGCUCUCGUGGAGAAAAACGGAGUGACGGUGACAAGCUCGUCUCAAACAGCCACGACAACUUUUAUCAAUGAAAAUGGUAAAGAAACGAAAAUUAGCACAUACUCCGAACAAGGCUCAAACCCGACUGGCAAUGGACAUGCAGGUUCAUCAAGUACAAAUGGUUUAUUAGCUAACGGUAAUGCUGAUCCAAGUGAACUUCGUUUACUUUCACAUGAACAUAAUUAG